CGCCGCCGCCCGCUCGCUCGCUCGCUCGCUCGCCCCGAUUUAAAACCUCGCGCCGUCUUGUUGAGAUAAUCCCCGAAACCGCGUUCCCCCUCUUCCGCCGCCGGUGCCCCGCGACCAUGGGCGUCGAUUACUACAACGUCCUCGGUGUGAACCGGAGCGCGACCGACGAGGACCUCCGGAAGGCGUACAAGCGGCUCGCCAUGAAGUGGCACCCGGACAAGAACCCGAUCGACCACAAGGAGGCGGAGGCCAAGUUCAAGCUCGUCUCGGAGGCCUACGACGUGCUGAGCGAUCCGCAGAAGCGGCAGAUCUACGACCUCUACGGGGAGGAGGCGCUCAAGUCGGCCGACUUCCAGCCCCCCUCCCCGGCCUCCGCCGGCGGGAGGGCGCGCGCCAACUCGUCGUUCCGGUUCGAUCCGCGCGACGCCGACGAUAUAUACGACGAUUUCUUCGGCGGAUCGCCCGGAGGGCGGCGCGGCGGGGGGAGCAGGGCCAGGGUCUUCGGGGAGAACGUGGAGAGGAACGGGAACAGGGAGGCGAGGCGGGAUCUGCCGGAGAAGAAGAAGCCUCCGCCCGUGGAGAGCAAGCUGGUUUGCAGCUUGGAGGAGCUUUACAAGGGCGGAAGGAGGAAGAUGAGGAUUUCGCGGGUUGUCCAUGACGAAUUUGGAAAUCCGAAAUCAGUUGAAGAAACCUUGAAGAUAGAUAUCAAACCCGGGUGGAAAAAAGGAACAAAGAUUACUUUUCCUGAGAAAGGCAACCAUGAACCCGGUACCAUACCGCCUGAUCUAAUAUUCGUCAUAGAGGAGAAGCCGCAUGAUGUUUUUAAGAGGGAUGGCAGUGAUUUGGUGGUCACCCAGAAAGUGACAUUACUGGAAGCUCUUACUGGGAAGACUCUCAAUUUAAUGACCUUGGAUGGGAGAAAUCUCAUCAUCCCGGUAAUGGACAUAAUUAGACCCGGAUACGAGGUCUCGAUCCCGAAUGAGGGAAUGCCUGUUUCGAAGGAACCUAGCAAGAAGGGAAAUUUGAAAAUCCAGUUUGACAUUGCGUUCCCACUGAGUCUCUCUGCAGAACAGAAAUCCGACUUGACGAGGGUAUUAGGAACUCAAAGCUAGUUAUGUUUUCCAGCUAUGGCAGUGAGACUUCAUUAACGCUGAUUGAUACAGUAAGUUCAGUUGACUGUAAAUAUGUCAUGUCGAGCAGAUGCUGUGCAUAGUAGGGGUUUUGAAGGUUGCCGACAGUGUUGGUAUUGUUUUAAGGCGUAACAGGAUAAUGAAAUCUUGGCUAUUUUCCUGGCGUCUUUGAGAUGCAUGGAUUAAAUUCUGUACAAUACUAAUAAUAGAUUAUUAUUUGGAA